AUGGGUGCAUGUAUCACUAAUUUACAGCAAUCUAUGGCCAUCAGGUGUCUCAACAGCAAAAUCGAAAAGAGGGAGGAAAGUGUGAGGGAUGCAGUUUACAUUCUUGGUAAAACUGAGAAGAUUUUUAGUAUUGUGGACAAGGGAAUUCCUUCAAGUUUGGAUCACCACCAAAUGGAAAACAUUGAUGAGUGGCGUUUGUUACACAAACCCAAGAUCCCUUUGGUGGCCUGCACUUCAUUUCUAAUAUCAGAGAGUGACAAAGCCUCUUCUGCAGGGCAUGAGACUCGUUACCCUUUCGAUGUUAUUUGUAAUGAAGUGAUCUAA